UCCCCCACGCCCCCGCCCGCCCGUCGCUCGCUCGCACGCACGCCCGCUAGUAAUUUCACUUUGCCACGCGAGCUCCGUAUCCCGAGAAAUCCCGCCCCCCGCUCCCCCUGGCCCCGCCGGGAGCCGGCCCUUUCCCCGGCCAGGUGCGCGAGCCUGCGCGCUCCUCCCCCGCCUCCUCCGGCGGGUCCCUGGCGCGCCGGGGCCGGGGCCCGGCUGGGGCGGAUGCGCGCACGGCGCCUCUCCACCAACCCGCUCCCCUGCAGGUCCCUCGCUCGCUCGCUCGCCAUCCCUCGCCGGCGCUCCCUCGCUCCCCCCACCCCCCCUUGAUUGACAGGCAAGAUGUCGGUGUGGAGCGAGGCAGGAGCGAGUGCAGCAGCCGUCACCCCCGGAGCCCGGCGGCGGCAGCAGCAGCAGCAGCAGCAGCAGCGCGAGGAGGAGACAGCAGCCAGCCGCAGUCGCCGCCGCAGCCGCGGGAGCAAUGCAGACAGCAUCUUGAGAACGCGCUAAAGCCCCCAAACGCUGGACAAUGCCGUGUCACUGCAACUGGGAGGGGGGCAAAGCAGAAUUUUUUUGACAUAAAAGCAAGCCAGCCAAAAAUAUAUAAUUUUGUCCUUCACGGAGCCGGUGUGUAAAGAGUGAGCGCUGUUUUCCUUCUCCCCCUCCUCUUCCUCCUCCCCUUCUCCCUCCCCCCACUCCUCCUCUUUUUCCUCCUCCUCCUCCCUAAGUGUACAGACAGCAUCACAUCACCUGGUUUGCUUCUGAGAAACAGCAUCUCUCCUUUUCAAGGACCAGAGACUCAGAGAGAGGAGACAUUCUAAUGGAGUCUGCUUGAUACCCCAAAAUAAAAUAAUAAAUUUUGGCUCCUGUCCCCUCCUCCCACCCCCACCCCCUCAACCCCGUGUGAGAUGUUGGGUUUCUUCUUCAUGAGACAUUGUUGAGAAGUCGCAGUGGUUGGAGAGGCGGCGGGGGUAGACUACCUCCCCCCCCCCCUUUUUUCUCUCUGGGAGGAGGAGGAGGGGAAGGGGGCUUGCAGAGCAAGCGAUGGAUGAGGAAAACAUGACGAAAAGCGAGGAGCAGCAGCCUCUGAGUUUGCAAAAAGCCUUACAGCAGUGCGAGUUGGUCCAAAACAUGAUAGACCUGAGCAUCUCCAACCUGGAAGGGCUUAGGACCAAAUGUGCUACCUCCAACGACCUCACACAAAAAGAAAUCCGGACCCUGGAGAGCAAGCUGGUGAAGUACUUCAGCCGGCAGCUGUCCUGCAAAAAGAAGGUGGCCCUGCAGGAGCGCAACGCCGAGCUGGACGGCUUCCCCCAGCUCCGGCACUGGUUCCGGAUCGUCGACGUGCGCAAGGAAGUCCUGGAGGAGAUCACCCCCGGCCAGCUGAGUCUGGAGGACCUCCUGGAGAUGACGGAUGAGCAGGUGUGUGAGACCGUGGAGAAAUACGGAGCCAACCGGGAGGAGUGUGCGCGCCUCAAUGCCUCCCUGUCCUGCCUGCGGAAGGUCCACAUGUCAGGAGGCAACCUUUCCAAACAAGACUGGACCAUCCAGUGGCCCACCACGGAGACGGGGAAGGAGAACAAUCCCGUGUGCCCCCCGGAGCCGACCCCGUGGAUCCGCACCCACCUCUCCCAGAGCCCCAGGGUCCAGUCCAAGUGCGUCCAGCACUACUGUCACACCAGCCCCACCCCCGGGGCCCCCGUGUACACCCACGUGGACAGGCUCACCGUGGACGCCUACCCGGGCCUAUGCCCGCCACUGCCACUGGAGUCGGGCCACCGUUCCCUGCCCCCGUCGCCCAGGCAAAGGCAUGCGGUCCGCACUCCACCGCGCACCCCCAAUAUCGUCACCACCGUGACCCCGCCAGGCACGCCGCCCAUGAGGAGGAAGAGCAAGCUGAAGCCCCCCGGGACCCCGCCACCCUCUUCCCGAAAGCUCAUCCACUUGAUCCCGGGUUUCACGGCCCUGCAUCGGAGCAAGUCCCACGAGUUCCAGCUGGCGCACCGCGUAGACGAGGCCCACACGCCCAAAGCCAAGAAGAAAAGCAAACCCUUGAACCUCAAGAUCCACAGCAGCGUGGGCAGCUGCGAGAACAUCCCUUCGCAGCAGCGCUCCCCGCUGCUCUCCGAGCGCUCCCUCCGCUCCUUUUUUGUGGGGCACGCGCCCUUCCUGCCCUCCACCCCUCCCGUCCACACCGAGGCCAACUUCUCCGCAAACACACUGUCAGUGCCACGCUGGUCCCCGCAGAUCCCUCGCCGAGACCUCGGCAACUCCAUCAAGCACAGGUUUUCCACCAAGUACUGGAUGUCUCAGACGUGCACAGUCUGUGGGAAAGGGAUGCUUUUUGGCCUCAAGUGUAAAAACUGCAAGUUAAAGUGCCACAACAAAUGCACCAAAGAAGCCCCGCCCUGUCAUCUCCUGAUCAUCCAUCGAGGAGAUUUGGUCUGCUGUUUUGCCCCUACGGAUCCAGCACGGUUAGUCCGGACAGAGUCCGUCCCGUGUGACAUCAACAACCCUCUACGAAAGCCACCCCGGUAUUCGGACCUGCACAUCAGUCAGACGCUCCCCAAAACCAACAAGAUCAACAAGGACCACAUCCCUGUCCCUUACCAGCCAGAUUCUAGCAGCAAUCCCUCGUCCACGACGUCCUCCACGCCCUCCUCGCCAGCACCCCCUCUCCCACCCAGCGCCACGCCGCCUUCUCCCUUACACCCUUCCCCACAGUGCACAAGGCAGCAGAAGAACUUCAACCUGCCAGUGUCCCACUACUACAAAUACAAGCAGCAGUUCAUCUUCCCAGAUGUGGUGCCAGUGCCGGAGACACCGACUCGGGCGCCCCAGGUCAUCCUGCAUCCGGUGACCUCGAAUCCAAUCUUGGAAGGAAAUCCAUUACUUCAAAUUGAAGUGGAGCCAACCUCGGAGAAUGAAGAGGGCCACGACGAGGCCGAGGAGUCGGAGGAUGACUUUGAGGAGAUGAACCUGUCCCUCCUCUCGGCCCGGAGCUUCCCGCGCAAGGCCAGUCAGACCAGCAUCUUCCUGCAGGAGUGGGACAUCCCUUUCGAGCAGCUGGAGAUCGGCGAGCUCAUCGGGAAGGGCCGCUUCGGGCAGGUGUACCACGGCCGCUGGCACGGCGAGGUGGCCAUCCGGCUGAUCGACAUCGAGAGGGACAAUGAGGACCAGCUGAAGGCCUUCAAGCGAGAGGUGAUGGCCUACAGGCAGACGCGGCACGAGAACGUGGUGCUCUUCAUGGGCGCCUGCAUGAGCCCGCCCCACCUGGCCAUCAUCACCAGCCUCUGCAAGGGACGGACGCUCUAUUCUGUAGUGAGGGAUGCCAAGAUCGUCUUGGAUGUCAACAAAACAAGGCAGAUUGCCCAAGAGAUUGUGAAGGGCAUGGGCUACCUCCACGCCAAGGGAAUCCUUCACAAGGACCUCAAGUCGAAGAACGUCUUCUAUGACAACGGCAAAGUGGUGAUCACAGACUUUGGGCUCUUCAGCAUUUCCGGGGUGCUGCAGGCUGGCAGACGUGAGGACAAGCUGCGCAUCCAGAAUGGCUGGCUGUGCCACCUGGCGCCUGAGAUCAUUCGCCAGCUGUCUCCUGACACGGAGGAGGACAAGCUCCCCUUCUCCAAGCACUCGGACGUCUUUGCGCUGGGCACAAUCUGGUAUGAACUCCACGCCAGGGAGUGGCCUUUCAAGACCCAACCAGCAGAGGCAAUAAUCUGGCAAAUGGGCACAGGCAUGAAACCCAACCUCAGCCAGAUCGGCAUGGGGAAAGAGAUCUCGGACAUUCUUCUCUUCUGCUGGGCCUUUGAACAAGAAGAAAGACCCACCUUCACCAAGCUCAUGGACAUGCUGGAGAAACUGCCCAAGCGGAACCGCCGCCUGUCUCAUCCCGGACAUUUCUGGAAGUCUGCAGAGUAG